UGAUUAUUGUGGAAACAGAUAUGGGAAAGCGGAAUCACCAAAAGGAGUGAUGACCAGUGAUCUCAUGAUAGAUCUGGAUGUUAGUUCUCAUGCCUCAGGAUCUCCAGUUGGGAACUCCAUACCAGCUCCGGGAAUCAGACUUUCAUCCACUUAAAAUUUUUCUUUGCUUGAACUGCUAAAGCCAGUCCUAGUUAACUACGAAUGGCUACCCAAAGGAAACACUUGGUGAAAGAUUUCAAUCCUUACAUCACCUGCUAUAUCUGUAAAGGGUAUCUGAUCAAGCCAACUACAGUGACGGAAUGCCUCCACACCUUCUGUAAGACUUGUAUUGUCCAGCACUUUGAAGAUAGCAAUGAUUGUCCAAGGUGUGGCAAUCAAGUUCAUGAGACAAAUCCAUUAGAAAUGUUGAGGUUGGAUAAUACAUUAGAGGAAAUCAUAUUUAAACUGGUCCCUGGACUACGAGAACAAGAACUUGAGCGUGAAUCUGAAUUUUGGAAGAAAAAUAAGCCUCAAGAAAAUGGACAAGAUGAUUCUUCAAAAGUUGACAAACCUAAAGUAGAUGAAGAAGGUGAUGAAAAUCAAGAUGAUAAAGACUAUCACAGAAGUGACCCACAAAUUGCUAUAUGUCUAGAUUGUUUACGAAAUAAUGGACAAUCAGGGGACAAUGUAGUAAAGGGUUUAAUGAAGAAAUUCAUUCGAUGUUCUACACGUGUAACUGUGGGAACUAUUAAAAAAUUUCUAAGUUUAAAAUUAAAACUUCCAAGUUCUUAUGAGUUGGAUGUGCUGUGCAAUGGUGAAAUUAUGGGGAAGGAUCAUACUAUGGAAUUCAUCUACAUGACAAGAUGGCGACUAAGAGGCGAAAACUUUCGGUGUCUGAACUGCUCAGCUUCGCAAGUCUGCUCUCAGGAUGGCCCUUUGUAUCAGUCAUAUCCCAUGGUAUUGCAGUAUCGACCAAGAAUUGAUUUCGGUUAGACCAAGGGGCCUAGAUCCCACUGAGAUGAAUCCUGCACUAUUUGUUUACUCAUCAACAGAUUGCACAGCGAACAGUGUGUGGACUAGAGGGACACAACCAGAUUUUCAGCAUGCAAAUAAGGCCAUUGUCUGUCUCUAAAUUGUCAGUUGCAUUUAUGUUGUUUCUAUUAAGAGCAAACCAAGUGCCAUUCUGCUACUGAACCAUCUGCAUAAGUUAUUUGUGCUGUCUCACAGUGUACAAUAUAAGUGCUGGUUGAAAUCAGUUAGGUGUGCAGCCAUGAUUCAGCCUUCUGCAUAUUUUGCUUGCCUGUUCCAAGAUUGUUCUAAUGUUUGAUUACACUAGUAAUAUGGCUCAAUCUUUGUGGUGUUACAGUUUUCACAUACUGUUUUAUUAAUUCUUGUUUAAGUAGAGUAUUGCACAAGAAACUAAUAAUUAUUAUAUCUCAAAAUUAUUUUGUAUGAGAAAUAUAUUUAGAAAAGUGGUUUUUGAGCCACUGUCCUGUUCUCAGUAAGCUUUUCGUGUGCAAAAAAAUAGUUCAAGUCCUUUAGGGGAAGAAUUCCAAUUACUCAACAUUUAGAGCACAUUGUAGGCAUUUUAAGUCAUCUUUCAGUGUAGUCUACCAAUUGCACAAGGAGGACACGUUAGCCCUCCAGAUUGAAAAUGUAUGUGACUUCUGCUAGAGAACUGAAGUUAGAGUCACAGCCAUUCGAAAUGUUGGCAGCUGAUCACAUUUACUUCUAACAAAGUUAAUGUGUAAGUAAGGUUAAUCUUUCAUAAUGCCUUAUGACAAGCGGGUGCUGCUUCAUGAAACGUCAUUGUGUAACCCAUUUUAUGGAUGCAUCAUUGUUGCUCACGUUUAAUGAGUACUUUUGUUUCUCUUUUUAAGUUGGCCUUAGGUGUGUGACAUUAUGGCAUGCAGAAGGUUAUGAUGAUUUUAAAUAUUAGAAUCUUUAGAGCAGAUAACAUUAGCUGUUUUACGGAUUUCAAAAGUCUCAAAGCAACUGUAGAUUAAAACUGUUAGUUACCUAUCACAUUUCCAAACCAUUUGCAUAAAAUAGAAUAAAUACAGUGUAGUAGAUAAAUAUGCUAACCAAAAUUAAUGGAUUGAGGACAUUUCAUUUUAGAUCCCGUAGCAAUCAAGGGAAAUAGGAUUACUGUUCCGUACAUAAGUUCAUUAAGGUCAGAGCUAUGAUAAUGUCCUUGAUUUUGCAGUUUUGUUAAGUCUUCCGUUCGUUUUGAGAUUAGUUUAUAAGUCAGAGAAAGUCUUGUUAAAUUAUAUGAAGAACUUCAUUUUAAACAUUUUAAAGUUUAUAGUUUUCAAAAAAUUUUGGAAAUUGUUUUACUAAUUGCUUUGAAACAGGUUACCCUCUGAAACUUAAGAAAAAGUCUUGAAAGUUAGUAAAAAUAUUUGUUUUAGAAAUCUGACGAGCACAAUCUGUGUGUUACACAUAGUUUUUAUACUGAAUACAUGGUAGAUGUGCUACAUUUUCCAGUAAAAUGUAUCACAAAUUAAUGCCUUCUGAAUCUCAAAAUGCUUCUUACAAAUAAAACAUUGUACAACUCUAAGAAACAUAUACAAAAUACAGCUGAAUCUUGAUGCAUUUCACAAUAUAAAAGGCUGAAAUAUAAUUCUUUUACAUAUCUUUGUUUCAAAUCAAAAAGUUUAUAUUAAAAUUUUUUGCUGUAUUUGUUUUGACUUUUGUGAAAAAGGUUAUGACAAUACUUUAAUUUCAUUGUUAGAUUGUGUUUGUGCCAGGAAGGGCUCACAAGCAGAAUUUAAAAGACAGAUUUUUGUUAACUCUAAAAAUUUUUGGAACAGACCAUUACAUUCAACCAAAAACUGAAUUUACUCUUUAGUUACAGAAAUUAUUUUGUUAUGCUAUGAAAUCCCUAAGAAAUUUUAAAAUUUAUUAUAAAUUGUUUACAUCUAGGUCAGUGAUUAGUGUUUUACAUAUGGAAGUUAAUUUUAAUAGACUUAAUGCAAAGUGCAUUGAGAGUGCAUUUUAAAAACCACAAAUGAGACCUGGAUGUUUUUGAUUUUCCAGCCAAAAUUAACAACCUUAAAUGAGUUGUAUGUACGUGAUCUCUUUAAAUUUGGCCUGUUGCUUCAUCGUAUGUAAUUUCACUAUUUUCCAAGGAAAUAUAUAGGAAGCAAUUAGAAUUUAGAAUAGUUUUAGUAUAUUAUCAUUUUUACUGAAAUGUAAUGGAAUAUGUGCCAAAAUAUGUGAAAACCUUACAUAAAGAAGAACAUCAGUUGUCAUUUGGGGGAAGGUACACAUUUUAUGAUGGUCCUGAGUAAUACGGUAUUACUAUUGGAACCACAGACUUCUUCAACUGACCUCUUUUGAUAUAUUCAACUAUGAUUUUCUAAGUAUGGGACUACUUUCAUAUCUAGAAAUACACUAAAUCCCCAAUUAUUCCCUAAGUCAGGUUGUGGAAUUUGCAAGAAACCAGGUAUAGAAAAAAUUUACAGACAACUUUUAUGGCUAGUUUUAUAAACUUAGGGUGCUAGUAAAAUAAACUCUUUAUAUAAAUGACUUUUAGGAAUAAUCACCUGAAUUUGCAAAAUUGGAGAAUAAAACUAAGUUUUUUCUUUAAUCGGUUGUUCCUUAAGUAACAAACUGAAACAACUUUACUUCCACAAAAGAUUUUGUAAUGUUUUCUCAACCUUAGACAUAUUUGUAAAAGGGUCAAGGAACCUUGGGUAUAAAGGCCUGUGGUUUAUAGACACUUUAACUGUAGUCACAUCAGUUAAAUUCAAAAUAUGGCCUUUUCUUUAGAUUAACAAAAUACUGUUAAGAAGUACAAAAAAGGCUCAUUGAUGAGGUAAUAGUGCAUUCAAUCUGGGGUGCAAGGCACCUUGGAUAAUGUCCUUUACCAACUUUAAGUAUAUUAUUUCUUUAUUCAUUGAAAAAAUGUCCCAUACUACUAAUGCCACAUUUUAUAAAUGUAAUGAGUUUGCUCAACUAUAUUAUAUACUCUAAUGUAAUCUAAAUUUAAAUGAUUCUUUAAGAGAAAAAAGAUAUGUUAUAUAAUAUUAUAAACUGUUUAGCUUUAUUGAAAUAUUUAAGAGAAAGUGCCUCAUUGCAAUGUGCAUUUCUGUUUUAGAUUUGCUGCAUAAAUUUUGAGUUAUCUGUACCUGUCUCUUAUGAUUUCAUAUCUAAAUAGGCGCUCAUAAGUUAGAGUAAUCUCUUUUUAAAAGAUUUUCCUAAGAAAAUACAUAUCACCAAAGAUUUUACUGCUAAUUAAUAACCAUGUUGGAGAGACAGUUUUAACAGUUUGGAGGUUGGCAAUUUUUAGACUGCAGUUUAAUUUUAUGUUAGGCAAUAACCUUAAGUAAUUGCUAAAAUGUCACCAAAGAAAGGUUUUAAACUGAAUUUUCAUGGUGAGAUCUAUCAAGUACAGCUAUUUCUUGCAAUAAUCAGAGCACACUUUCUUUCAAAUAUGUCCCUUGUUUUUCCAGCACCAUUUGACAGAUCUUAGGAAAUCCUCAAAGGUGAGAAAGAUAUAAAUAUAACAAAUAGCCUCCCUCUGGAUAAAAAGUGGGAGAAAUCCAUACUUUGAAAAGAAGGUUGAACUUGAAAUUUUAAAUUCUAAUUUGAGAAGCUUUUUAUUCCAUGGAGGCAAUAUAGACAAAAAUUAUACUUAUUUGGUUCCUGGGUCCUUAGUAACAUGAGAAAUUAUCUCAAAGACAAACUUUGGUAAAAAGUUCUGACAUGCUUGUAAAGCAAAUAGUACAUUCUGUUAGACUCACAUAUGUAAAUGCUUUUUCUGUAUUCAAAAGUAAAAUUUUCAUAAAGGCCUA